AUAUAUGUUAAGCAAUGGAUAUAAAAUGAGGACCUCUGGAGAAGAGGCUCCUCUCUAUUUCAAAGUCUACAAAAAACAGGCCACACUAGCCAAAAAUAGUAAAUGUCCUAACAAGAAAAUUGAACGAAACAAGACCAUGACAGACUCUCCAAACUAUUCCUCAUUUGAUGCACGUAAACCCAAUACUGAAGUUAGAGUGAAGACAAAGCAGAGAUUGGUGCAUGAUAGCCCGAAAUCAGGAGUUUAUAAAAGAAAACUUAACUCAAACCUCAAGAAUACAACAAGUUCAUCCCAAAAGACUAAAAGGAAACCGAUAAAGAGAUCCUGCCCGGCUAGUAAGGAAACACGCUCUAGUGUAAAAGAAGAACUCAAGCAAAAAUCCACCAUCACCAAAUCAACCCUGAAAAAGGCCUUCAAGUCAAGAUCAACACAAAGAGUAGUUUAUGCAGACAAGAUUCACCAUAUGAAGGUGUUUAAACAUGCUCCAGUUUCAUCAUCAAGACCAGCAGAGAUCCCUAGGAUAGUAAUAGAUGCUACCCAGAGACCAUCCAACCGAACGAUUAGAAGGAAAUAAGAAGGAUAAAAGAGACCACAAAAAGAUCCCUACUAUAUUCAUGGAUCUUGAUAUAGAGGCUGAAGAAUCUUUCGUACCAAGAACAAAAGCCGGAGAGGCUAAAGAGGUUAUCUUGAUUGAUAUGAAACCUCAGGAAGAAGCUAAAUCCCAUAUCAAGAACAGUAAAUCAAUUAACGAGGGAGACAUUAAACAUUUCAAGCCAAAAAUGGCGCAGCUAUGUACCAAUUUCUACUUGAAUGACAUUUUUCCUCAAAAAUGCUCACCAGGAUCCUUCUGAGCUAUUCUUCAGAGUCAUUGUUUCCUAGAUUCUACAGAAUCCGAGUUGUUGAAGGACUACUUUUUCAAAAAUGAAGAUUCGAUUCCGAUAGCGAUCCUUGUGAACAAAGUAGAGAUUUUUGCAGAUACCACAUCUCAACCUCGCCAAGAUGUGCUUGAAGACGUCAUACUCAGCCUCCGAAUGAUAGAUGAGGCAAAUUUCACUAAAUUAACUCAAAACCUCAAAGACCUUGCGAAAUGUAAAAUUAUUUCUCCUCUGGAAAUCAUCCAAAUCAGCAAAAUGGUUGAGGACGAAAUUGAUUCAGUAAAAAUAGCCACUUACCUCUGAGAAAGAAGUAACAACGUAUCUGUUAUCAGUCCAGACUGCCUCACUGAGUUUGUGAAGAAGAUUGAAGGAGGGGACGGUAGUAACCUCAUCCCGAUUCCUAAUAGUUUUGUCAAGCUCGGCAAGAGUAUUUCUACCAAGAUUUCUACAAAGAUUUCAGGUGAUUUAGGCCCAAGUAUUGAAGAAAUCUCCAAAAGAGGAGAGAGGUUACUCAUAAAACUUGCUGAUUACCUCUAUGAUAAUGAACUGUCUUUGUUGAAAAUCAUUCAUGAUAGGAUGUUUAGUAAAACUAUUGAUGGAAGAGAGUACCAGCUCAUUAAGCAAGAGACGUUAUAUCAACGCCUUGAAUUCUUAAAUCUCACAUCUCAAGACAGGUUUUGUAUUGAACAGAUCGUAAAGCCCCUCAUCAGAGAUCUAAUCGACGUUGAAUCUUUGGCUUUUUAUAUGAAAAAUAUUGGAAUUGAGGAAAAAAUACCCAAGCCUACCAAAGCCAUGGAUUAUAGUGUACUUAAGGGUCCAUCCAUCAGAAUAUUUAACAAGAUUUUGAAAUAUAUGAAGGGAAACAACUUCUCGACAGUUGAUGACCUUAUUGAAGGAGAAAAUCUUACAGAAAUAUACGAAGUGGUCUCACGAGACAAAGUACAUCAAAUCUCGGUGAUUCCAGUGAUCAAAUUCAGAGAUUUCCUUAGAGAAAUCGGAAUUGUCCCCUUUGGAGAAGAUCUUGACGAGGAUUUCACAGAUUUCUUAGCCAUAAACGAAGAUUUUGAUAACUUGCUAAUGGUGAAGAAACUUAGCAAAAGUCUCAAAGAUGUUGCAAAGUAUGAAUAUUUCAGCUAUUUCGGCACAGAUAAAAGAUAUGAAGGAAUGAUGAAAGCAAACCGUAAGAGCUCCAAACAUUUUAGAAGUCUCUCUAGGCCUGGUAGCGACAAGUCCCUUAGCAGCUCUCUCAGUCUCAAAAGUAUUAUUGAAGAAACUCCGAAAGUUAGAAAUAUACAAGGAGCUAUCAAAGGUGAGCUCAAAAAUUUAGAAGAGUUUACACUAGGGAGACUUUCUACAAAAUGAAAGAACAAUGGAACCUUCUCUAGAGGAGCUUGCAACUGAUACGAGUGAAAGCAAAAUACUAAAAAGAAUGGCAUAAAGACCACCAAGCCUGAUGAUGAGGAGUCCUCCUUCAAAUCUGUGGAUCUGAGUGAUCUUGAUGAUGAAGGAGAGUAUAAAAGGACCAUGAUGAAAAAGAAAUUUGGCCUUAUGCCUUCUUACAGAAAGUGGAGAAUGAUGACAGAAUAAUUACACUAAUUCAUUGAAAUUCAAUCAGAAAA